UGAACUCUGAGAUAAUUAACAGAGAGCCGAGGAGUCUGUGUUCCUGACAAACAUGUCUGUGAUUAGCCUGCUCCUAGCACACACCUCCACGGUGUCUCUGGCUUUAGUUUUAACUGGUUUUAUAUUUUUAUACUUUUACUUGAAAUCCUCCAAGUCAUCUAAUUACAACUUCCCCCCCGGCCCGCCGGCUCUACCUGUUAUUGGGAACCUGAAUAUUCUGGACCUGCACCGGCCGUACAAAACGCUGAGUAAGCUCUCAGAGACGUACGGCAAUGUGUUCACCUUCCACAUGGGUCCCAAGAAGUAUGUGGUUUUGACAGGCUAUGAGGCGGUCAAGGAGGCUCUAGUAACCCAAGCAGACGACUUCUCAGAGAGAGGCCAGACGCAAAUUACGGAAAAGUUCUCUAAAGGCGGGAAUGGUGUUUCCUUCGGUAAGGGGGAGUCCUGGAAGGUGAUGCGUCGAUUCACCCUCUCCACUCUGCGGGACUUUGGGAUGGGGAAGAAGACCAUUGAGGACCGGAUCAUCGAGGAGUCCCAGAGACUGGUGGAGGUCUUCCAGUCCCACAAAGGAAAACCCUUUGACCCCCAAAUCAUCAUCAACUCUGCUGUCUCCAACAUCAUCUGCUCCAUUGUGUUCGGAGACCGCUUCGACUACAGCGAUGCACAGUUCCUGAAUCUGCAAAGAAUUGUGAAUGAGAACAUCAGGCUGAUUGUGAGCCCCAAGACAGAGCUGUAUAACAUGUUUCCUUUCCUGGGCUUCUUCCUGUCCGAUCACAAGAAGGUUCAUAGAAAUGGAAUAAUGCUGCAGGGGUACUUCAGAAACACAUAUAGGGAUCGUAAAGACACUGUGGACAGCAAUGACCUGAGGAGCUUCAUCGACACGUUCAUCUCCAGGCAGAGAGAAGAGGAGUCCAGAAACUCCAACAAGUAUUUCCACGAGGAUAACAUGGCCACCACCGUGGGGAACCUGUUUGCUGCAGGGACUGAGACCACCUCUACCACCCUGCGCUGGGGGCUGCUGCUCAUGAUGAAGUACCCGCACAUUCAGAACAAAGUCCAGGAGGAGAUUGAGAGUGUGAUUGGGAGGGAGCGCCCCCCGCAGCUCGAGGACAGGAAGAGCAUGCCCUACAUGGACGCUGUGCUGCAUGAGAUACAGAGAGUGGGCAAUGUGGUGCCCAUGAACAUGCUGCACGAGACAACAUGGGACACCACCUUCCGGGGGUACAGGAUACCCAAGGGUACCCCGGUGAUCCCGCUGCUCUCCUCCGUGCUCUCUGAUAAGACACAGUGGGAGACCCCUCACCAGUUCAACCCCAACCACUUCCUGGACGCGCAGGGCAAGUUUGUCAAGAGAGACGCCUUCAUGCCCUUCUCAGCAGGUCGGAGGGUGUGUCUUGGAGAGACCCUUGCCAAGAUGGAGCUCUUCCUCUUCUUCACCAUGCUCCUGCAGAAGUUUCACUUCCGCCCGCCCCAGGAGGUCAGCCCUGAGCAACUGGACCUCACCCCCACCCCUGGCCUCACCUCCGGCCCCCAGCCCUUCCAACUGUGCGCCCUGAGCCACUGAGAGACCCUGUGACACUGCAACCCUGCCUUACUGCAUCUGCUAGACCUUACUACAGCCACUGACCCCCCACACUGGACCCUUCAGCCACUGAACUGCCAGGAUUCUAUCACACUGAGACCCUGUGAUACUGCGACCCUGCCUUACUGCAUCUGCUAGACCUUACUACAGCCACUGACCCCCCACACUGGACCCUUCAGCCACUGAACUGCCAGGAUUCUGUCACACUGAGACCCUGUGAUACUGUGACCCUGCCUUACUGCAUCUGCUAGACCUUACUACAGCCACUGACCCCCCACACUGGACCCUUCAGCCACUGAACUGCCAGGAUUCUAUCACACUGAGACCCUGUGAUACUGCGACCCUGC